AUGUCAAUAUCAGUUGACAGUAACAAUCUUAGUUUUGUUAACGAUUUGAAUCCUGGGAAAGAUAUGUGGAACAUGAAAGCGAGAAUUAUUCGAAAAUGGAAUCAGGGUUACAAGAUGGAUCUCAUCUUCAUUGAUGAAAAGGGUGCUAAGAUUCAAGCAGGUAUUAAGACUCGUCUGAUACCUGUUUUUGAUGGUCAGCUUCAAGAAGAUGAUGUUGUGAUUCUGUCCAAAUUUGGUGUUGAUUGGCAAGGUGUUGAGUAUGGUUUCAACUUCAGAGCUUAUGAAGAUAUUCUUCAAGGAGAGGCGUUAAACGCCUUGAGUGUUGAUGUUGCUGGAUCUGUGAUUUAUUGUGGAGAUCUUGAAAUCUUUGAUCGACCUCCAAAGCAGACUAAGAAGAUGAAUUUCGAUAUUGAAGACUUGGAGGGUAAGGUUUUGCGGUGUACUAUGUGGAAUGAUUAUGCUCUGCAGAUUAAGGACUUCAUUUCUAAAAUCCCACCUCAUGAGCAUGUGAUGGCUGUUAUACAGCAUGGAAAGUGUAAGGAAUGGAAAUGUGAAUAUACUGUUCAAAGUGAUAAGUUGGCAACACGAUUUUUUCUGAAUGAAGAAAUUGAUGAAGUUAAUGAGCUAAGGAGGUGGCUUAUACUGAAGUUUGGACAAGGGAGUGGUUCUACUUCUCAAACAAUACUAUCGUCUCAGAAUGUUUUUCCAUUGCAUAAAGAAUUUGUAACUGAUGGUGUGAAGAAACACGUCGAUGAGAUUAGUGAGAUAGAAAAGGAAAUGUCUUGUGUUGUGGUUGCGACAAUUAAGAUUGUGCAAGAAGAGCAUGGUUGGUUUUAUGCUGCCUUUUUUAAGUGUUUCAAGAAGGUGAUGGGUAAAAGUGAAUACUUGCAGAAUGUUGAAAAUGUUUUAGAUGAUAUUGUUCGAUUGCCUGCGACUUCUUUGGUUUGUCCCAAAUGUCAUAGUGAAUGUACAUCGAUCACCACAAAGUUCAAGGUGCAAGUACGGGUGCAGGAUGAGAGUGGUAGUGUUUCUUUUGUUAUGUUUGAUAGAGAUGUUCAGAAGCUUCUUGGAUUAGCCGCGAGUGACAUAAGAGAGAGGCAGGUUACUCAAGAGGUAGCUGACGUUAAAGAUGUUACCCUUUUAGAAUCUUCCCAGGUGUCUGAUGAACGAACUUCAAGGGAUGCUGUCUCUGUCACGGCCGACUCUUCAGCCGUUGAAGUUGAAAAGGAUUCCAUAUCAAGUCCCAAUGGAAAGCGGAUGGCUCAAAAUGCUGAUGUUGUCAACGUUGGUGAGCUAUCCACUAAUGUGAGAAGAACCCAGAAGAAGCUGACUAAGCUUAACAAUUAG